AUGGAGGCAGUGCUCAAGCAACGACCUUUCCACUUUGAUUAUUGGAUGUUAGCUUUGGCACGGUGGCACCCAAAGAGGUCCCAGUUGUUUCCAUCUGAGAUACCCUUUUGGGUCCGUCUCAUUGGAGUCCCGUUGGAGUUCAGAACAGUCCCUGCCUUCGAAAGCAUUGGAAAUGCUAUAGGGAAAACAGUGGCGGUGGAUUUGGAUCAUACCCGUGUCCAAGUGGUGAUUGAUGCUUUUAAGGAAUUGUGUUUUGAAACCACAGUGGAUUUCAAAGGGGGAGAGUUCUAUGAGGAAGAGGAGGUGGCGGUAUCGUUACGUUAUGAGAAACUCUUUGGGUAUUGUCCUCUUUGCUUCAGUCUAUGCCAUAAGGAGGAAAAGUGUUCUCUCUAUGUGAAGAACACAGUGAAGAGUCCAGAGAGGAAGCGGGAGAGCAGAGAGGAGAAUGGAGGAUGGUCUGACGGGGGGAAGCAUGAUGAGAGAGCAAGGAGUAGUUAUUAA